GACAAACAAUUGGGGUCAAAUCUGCGAGAGGCAUGAUCAUGGAUUUUACCGCAUGUAAAUCUGCAGGCCUGUUCUGUUUUUGCUUCUUCUUACAAGGUAAGAAAACAUGAUUAGGGUUUAUAAGGUGUAGAAGUAGUCCAUGACCUCGACCAUUGCGAGAAAUCACGGCAAAAUUGAUUCGUGAUCAAUAUGUGAACAUUUAAAAAGGGCCCUGCGUAGACAUGACUGCUUGAAAAGGACGGCUUGACCCAGAUUGCCUGUAAACUAGCUAUCAAAACAAAAUGAAAAAUAGUAAACGCUUUCCCAAGCCAAGAUGAUAAAUGUCUCAAUUAACAGUGGGUAACGUUCCGACGCUCACGGGCAUAACAAAAAACUGAAACUUUCACUAAUUAAUCAAAUUAUUUUUUGUCUCCUUCCUUUUUCCAAAUUUUCAAACUUUAAUAUUAAUUUCUAGAGUUAUAAAACAUGGGAACUCGCAUCACAACUUCUCGUAUGUACUGUCUCAUUCAUGGGUGUACAAAAAAAGUCUCGAAAUUCACAUUUAUUUUCGUAGUCUGUUUCGGGUGUACUUUAAAAUGUUCGCACAAAUUAUUUUUGUUUUACUCUCAGAGGGAAAGAUUAAAACCACAAAACCCCCAAAGGAGAUGUUAAUUUGUGUUUAUUAUUUCUCACAAAUAGCCACGAUGGCAGACAAUAGGUUUCCGGUGAUAUACAGUUUGUCCUUUGUCUUAAUAUCGCCUUAAAAAUAUACUAAUUGUUUCUUUUAGUCCAGAUUACCCUUUAUCUUACAUCUGCUUUCAGCUGUGUUCUCUCUAGAGUGCUACACAUGCACAAGCGACGAUUCCUUCCACUCCUGCAACAUUAAGCGAUCCAAUGAAACGUGCCAGACACGAGCUAAAUGCGGCAAGCUUUCAUUCGAUCUACCAGAAGGAAGCAGAUAUAGGAAAGGCUGUUUAUCUGUGAUAUACUGUGCUGAUCCUGAUAGAUAUUGCCAGAGUAUUAUUGGUGCGGAAAAUUGCCAUGUAUCCUGCUGCUCAAAAGAUGUUUGUAACUCAACGACCUCACGCGAUUUGAAUUCUGUUCUUCUGUUUUGGAGUCCCUUAAUUUCG